AUGCAAAAACAACAAAAAGUGACAGAAGAAGUAUCCGAAUUCGAAAAUGAAGAAUCAAAGAAUUAAUUUGUUUUAUAAGUAAAGAAAAGGAAUGAAACACAUGUAAAAUAUAUUCGAAAAUACUUAAAAUUAAAAGAAAACGAUAAUAUUUUAGACUUCUAUAUUCCUUUGAGUAUUAAUUAGUAUUUUAUUAAAAACCAUUUAUAGUUUUUGGGAUAAUAGCAUAUAAUAUUUAAUGUAUCAAAUUUAAUUGCUAUAAAGAAUAUUUAAAAUAAGGAAUAUAUUUUUUUAUAAAAAGAAGGUCAUUUUAAGCAUAUAUCAUGUAUUUAAAGCGGUAUAUUAGAAAAUUAAAGUAAAGACAUAAUAAAUAAAAGUAUUAUAGUAAUAGGAGAGAAUAUCGGUGAAUAAAAAAAUGCAAUAAUAACUUUAAUAAUAAAAAAUAAAUGGAGUUUUUGGAAAUUUGAUUAGAUUGGGAUAAUAAAAGAAAUAUAUAUAAAUACAGAAAAUUAAUAUAUAGCUUCUUAAGUUUGCUUGCAAAGUCAAAAUUUGAUUUAUUUAUAUAGUUAUAGGAAAGGAAAAAUACUUGCGGAAAUGAAUAUUAAAAUGGAUAAUAUAAGUCUUUCUAUUAAUCCUUAAAAACCUACAAAACUAAUAAUUUCCUCAAAUUGCUAUUUAAAAUAAUGGGAAGUUUUUUUUCAAAAAAAAUGCUUCAAAGAAAGUGUUAAUUUACUUUUACCUGUAAAAGUUUAAAACGAAAAUAAUUUUAUAAUGCAUACAUGGAGUUCCGGAAACUUCUUAGUACCCAAACUUAUUGUUUUAGCUUAAGGAAACAUACUUUUUAUUUUUUAAAAUGAAUUUUUACAAUAAAAAGUUAAUUUGAACAAUAGCUUAUUAAACUUUUAAAUAAUAAAUUCUGAAGAAUUUAAUGAAAUUUUAGAUAUUGAUAAAUAGAAAAAUCUUUUUUAAAAAGAAAAUGUAAACUUUUGUUGUUUAACUAGUAUUAAAAAUGGAUUUAUUUUAGGGAGUGAUAAUUAUGGAUGUUUAAGCAUAUUUGAAUGUGAAGAAAAGUAAAAUAAUACAAUAAAAAAUUUAAUGAACUUUUAAAUAAAAAUAAAUGGAUUUAUGAACUUGAAAAUAUUAUAAAUUUAAAGUUGUUGUAAAGAUAAUAAUAUUUUAAUUAUUUCUUAAAGAAAUAAUUUACUAAAUUUUCAUUUAUUUAAUCCUUAUUAAAUUGAUUCAGAGCUUUCGCCUAUCUAACCUUUUAUUAAUCUAGGAUUUCAUAGAAAAAGAAUUCAUAAAUUAACUACUUGUAUAAGUAAAAAUAUUUUCGCAUCUUGUUCUGCAGAUUUUACAGUUAGAAUUUGGAAUUAUUUUGAUAUUUAAAAUAAUGAUAAAUAUAAUAUUGUCACGUAAUGUUUUUCAGAAGAACCUUUAAAUAUAAGUUUACAUCCUAGUGGACUUUUUUUGGCUGUUGGAUUUUCAAAUUAUUUUAUUAUAUUUGCUAUUUUUAAAUCAUCAUUGAAAUUUUUAAAAAAAAUUUAGGCAGAAAAUUGUUCAAUAUUAGAAUAUGCAAAUGGAGGUCAUUUUCUAGUUUCUAACAAGAAUAAUUUGGUAAUAAUAUUUGAUACUAUAAAUUAUGAUCCAUAAUAAGUUUUAGAAGGACAUCCAGCAUAAAUAAAACAUAUUUGUAUAACAAAAUGUGAUUAAUAUAUAAUAUCUUUAUCUCUAAAUGGUUGCAUUUUCUAAUGGAAUAUUUUAGAACCAUAAAAUAAUACACAAAGAACAUAUGAACAUAUAGACUCUUUUGUUUAUACAACAUUUUAUUUUGAAUAUAUGUAAACAAGUGAUAAUUAAUUACCCAUAAAUGAUAUAUUUAUUGGAUUUUCAACUUAUAAAUACUUUGUAAUUUAUAAAUAAAAAUGGAAACAAUUGAUUGCUGAAUUUGUAGUUGAAGAUAAUAUUUAUGUUACAUGUUGCGUAGUUUCAAAUUAAUUAAAGUCAAUGUUUUUAGGACUUUCAGGGGGUUAAAUAAGGCAUUAUUUAUGGCCUUUAGAUGAAGAUAUGAUGAAAUAUGAAAUACUUGAUAAAAAUUCUGGAAAAGUAAAACUGUUAUAACCUGAUUAUAUUGAAAUAUAAGUUCAUUAAUUUGCAGUGAGUUCUUUAAUAAUUUCGGCUGAUAAUAAAAUGCUUAUAAGUGGAGAUGAAGGGGGCUGUUUAUGGAUUUUAAGUAUUAAGGAUUUCAGUUUGGAUGAUAAAGGAAAAUAUUUAAAUAAUAAAAAUUAAAUUAAUGAUUAUUUUUUUGAAGAAUUAAAUAAUGUGUUGAAUUUUAGAGAAGUUAUAGAAAAAUAAGAAGAAGAAAUAAAAAAUAUAGAAAAGAUUUGUGAUGACUAGAGAAUAAAAAGUGAUAAAAAAUAUAUUGAAAUUAAAAAAAAUAAAGUUAUUUAAGAAGAAAAUAUUAUAAAAAAAAUAUAAGAAGAAAUGGAAGUUUUAGAAAUAAAUGAAUAAAAAAAAUAUUUAGAAUUGAAAAAUAUAUUAAAAAAAGAAAAAGAAAAAAAAGAAAGAGAAAAUGAAGAAAAAAAACAAAAUUUUUAAACUUAGAUAGAGUUUGAGUAAAAGAAGAACAUAUUUUUAAAUUAAAAAAUCACUGAAAAUUAAGAAAAAAAUAUAAAUUCUUUAAAAUAAAUUGAAAAUUUACAUUUAAUUGAAAUGGAAUAAAUAAAAGAAGAAUUUUUUUAAAAAACAUACGAAAUAUAAGAAAAAAUAUAAAAAAUAAAAAAAUGUUUUAAUAAUUUAGAUGAAAUAAAUUUAUAGUAAAUUGAAAACUUAGAAAAUGAAUUCGAAAAAGAAAUAGAAUCGAAAAUGAAAUAAUUAAAAUUAGAAAUAUUUAAAAUUAAAUAAAAAAAUAUUGCCCUUUGCAAUUAAAAUUAAAAUCUUUCUUAAUUUUAUGAUGAAUUGGAAAUAAAAGACAAAAAUUACUGUGAAGAAUUGUAAAACCUAAAGAAAAAGCAUGAAUAACUAAAAGUAGAAAACAUAAAAAAUGAUUAAAAUAUUCUCAAAUUGCAACAUUAGUUGUUGGAAAGGUUAUAAGUUAUUGAUUAUAAAGAUGAAAAUUGUAAAAACGCGAAAGAUGAAUAAAUUAACUUAGAAAAUUUUAGAUAUAUGUUGAAACAAAAGGAAACAAAGCUAUAAAUUUAAAAAGGAAAUUUAUAAGAGAAAGUAAAGAAUAAGCAUAAUUUGGCUAAAAAUAUGCUUUAAGAAUUAUUAUAGGAAAGUAAAAAAAAUGAAAAGUUCAAAAUCGAGUUAAAAAAAAUAAAUAAUGAUGUUUUUUUUGUGGAAAAAAAUAUAAUUUCAAAUGAAGAAAAAGUUAAUUCUUAUUUUGAAAAAUUUAAAGCGUUUCAUUUUGUGCUUUUAGAUAUUUUAAAAGGAAAAGAUACGAUUUAAGUUGUGUCAAGAAAAUUAAAUGAAAUUUUAAAUGAUAAAAUUAAUUUUAGAAAUUAAAAAUAAUAUGUGGAUUUAGAUUUUGUUUUAAAUAAUACUUUUAAUGAUAAUAAAUUAAAUUUGUAAUUAGCAUAAUAAACUAAAUUUACUCAUAAUUAAAUUACUAAUGUAGAAAAAAUAUUUCAUUAAAUAAAAUUUAAUAAUUAAUAAGAAUACCAGAUUAUUUAUGCUGAAAAUAAUAAUUUGAUUAAAGAAUGCAAUUUUCUAAGAGUUUUUAAUGAUAAAUUAAGGAAAGAGUUAACUUUUUUAUAGAAAAAAUAUUAGGAAUGCUUAAGAAAUAAAGAAAAUUCUACACAGAAAAAUCAAGCUUUUUUAACUUAAUGA